CUCCAGAUAUGAAGCCGAAGCUGCUUUCUUCGCCAACCUGAAGCUGUCUGAUUUCAACAUCAUUGACACCCUCGGCGUUGGAGGUUUCGGACGAGUAGAACUGGUCCAGUUGAAAAGUGAAGAAUCCAAAACGUUUGCUAUGAAGAUUCUCAAGAAACGCCACAUUGUAGACACACGACAGCAGGAGCACAUCCGUUCUGAGAAGCAGAUCAUGCAGGGGGCUCACUCCGACUUCAUAGUGAGACUAUACAGAACAUUUAAGGACAGCAAAUAUUUGUAUAUGCUGAUGGAAGCUUGCCUAGGUGGAGAGCUCUGGACCAUUCUCAGGGAUAGAGGGUCAUUUGAAGAUUCUACAACAAGAUUUUACACAGCGUGUGUGGUAGAAGCCUUUGCCUAUCUGCAUUCCAAAGGAAUCAUUUACAGGGACCUCAAGCCGGAAAAUCUCAUCCUGGAUCAUCGAGGUUAUGCCAAACUGGUUGAUUUUGGCUUUGCAAAGAAAAUAGGAUUUGGAAAGAAAACAUGGACGUUUUGUGGGACUCCAGAGUAUGUAGCCCCAGAGAUCAUUCUGAACAAAGGUCAUGACAUUUCAGCUGACUAUUGGUCGUUGGGAAUCCUAAUGUAUGAGCUUCUGACUGGCAGCCCACCUUUCUCAGGCCCAGAUCCUAUGAAAACCUAUAACAUCAUAUUGAGGGGGAUUGACAUGAUAGAAUUUCCAAAGAAGAUUGCCAAAAAUGCUGCUAAUUUAAUUAAAAAACUAUGCAGGGAUAAUCCGUCAGAAAGGUUAGGAAAUUUGAAAAAUGGAGUGAAAGACAUUCAGAAGCACAAAUGGUUUGAGGGCUUUAAUUGGGAAGGCUUAAGAAAAGGCACCUUGACACCUCCCAUUAUACCAAGUGUCGCAUCACCCACAGACACAAGCAAUUUCGACAGCUUCCCUGAGGACAAUGAUGAACCACCACCUGAUGACAACUCAGGCUGGGACAUAGACUUCUAAUGCAUUUCUCUUACCUGCUUCUGCCUUGCUGAAGACAGCUUUUUCCGAGACACAGCUG